GUAUAUAUGUGUGUGUAGCUUCAUUUGUGUCAUUUCUGUAUCUUCCCCCAAUCUCUCUCCUCCUCUGUUUUCUCUCUCAUCUCAUACUAUAUCCCAUGGAGGACAAAUUUCCCAAGAUGGAAACAUUCAUGCCCAAGGAGUUUCUCCCAUCCUAUCUUGAAGCUAUGGGCAUGGGAUCAAAGUUCUGUUUGGAUGGCGUUAAUGUUUUAGGCCAGGUCAAUGAUACGGUUUGUCGCGGUGGCAGCGGUGGCAAUGGUGUAAGAUCAUCAUCACCGUCACCGGAUAGACCUUUCUCUAGUCCAGAAUCGAAUUCUUCGAUCGAAGAGCCUUCUGCUACGACUUGCGCCGAUUUCUCGGAGUUUAUGACUCAAGCCUCGGCCAAUGACCGCCAAAAGACUCCAUUUGGCGGUCAAUUUGAGCAUUCAAACUGGAAUUUUAUUCCCGUCAAUUUCUUGAAAUCCUUCUCAGAAUUGAGCCAUCAUCAAGAACCAAAACCAACUUCACCAAUCUCAAAACCACCCACUUCCAAAUACCCAAAUCUCGGUUUGUUUCUAAACGAACCGAUGCCAUCUCCACCAAACUCUUCAUUUCCCAUGCUGCAAACGGCUCCCGAAUGGCUCAAAACACAUCAAAACUCGACAAACUACCCCUCGAAAGGCGUCUUUAGCGACUACUGGCUAAGUACAACCAAGACUCAACCGAUGAAGCACGCGGGAAGAAGAAUGAACAACAGUCCCACCACCGGCCAAAAGACCUAUUUGCCCUCAACGUCGUCAUCGACACCAUCACAGGGGAAGUUAUUCAGAGGAGUGAGGCAGAGGCAUUGGGGCAAAUGGGUGGCGGAGAUUCGGUUACCGCGAAACAGGACGAGGGUUUGGCUAGGGACUUUCGACACGGCCGAAGAAGCCGCUUUCUCCUACGACACCGCGGCUUAUAUUCUGAGAGGAGAUUACGCGCAUUUGAAUUUUCCAGAACUGAAGCAUCAACUCAAGGCCAACUCCGCCGGUGGUGCCACCGCCGCGCUUCUCGAAUCAAAAUUACAAGCAAUUUCACAGGGAGUUCAUGGGAACAAGAAGGGGUCAGAUUCAAAACCGAUACUUCCAGAGGAAAACAUGUUGGAGAAUUCAACAAGAGAUUGGAAAUUCGGGUUGGAGGGUAAAAUUGGAAAUGAAGGGAUUGAGAGCAAGAAAAGUCAAGAAAUGUUGAUGUCAGAUAUUGAGGCUGUUCAGCUGAGUAGAAUGCCUUCAUUGGACAUGGACAUGAUUUGGGAUGCACUCCUUGUAUCUGAUUCAUGAACAUAGGGAAAAUUACACGUGGAGUUCAAUGAUUAUUCAUGUGAGCAUGUUACAUGUUUGUACAUGUAUGAUUGUUCUCUGAUAGUCUGAUUUGUAUUAGAUUCAACUUAAUUGUGUGCAUUUUUUUUAUACCCGGAUAUUCAUGCUAGCUUGAGCGCAUCUCAACUAAUUCUGGGGUCUGAAGUUAACGAUUGGACAAACCCUCCGAUGGACCAAAGACUGGUUGACUUCUGUGAAAUUCGAACAUGUGACCUCGUAAAGAAUAAGAACUUUCUCAUUCUCACUUAGUCAAAGUUGUUUGAUUUU